AUGUCCAUGAGAAGCCCCGGCUCUGCCCAGCUGGCCCUGGAUGACGUUGGCACCAUGGUGAACUGUACUGUCAAGUCAGAGGGGAAGAAGGAGCCCUGCCACGAGGCCCCCCAGGGCUUGGCCACUGCAGCUGAACCCCAGCCCGGAGAUCCAGCCCGGGCCCCCCAGGAUGGUGCUGACCCUCCAGCUCCAGCCCAGGAUAGCAGCUCCCUGGAAAGCAAUGGGUCCCCAGAACCCAAGAGACCAGGAGGCUCCGAGGCUGCUUCUGGAAGCCAGGAGAAGCUGGACUUCAACCGAAAUUUAAAAGAAGUCGUGCCGGCCAUCGAGAAGCUGCUGUCCAGUGAUUGGAAGGAGAGGUUUCUGGGAAGGAGCUGUGUGGAAACCAAAGAUGUCAAAGGGACCCAGGAGAGCCUGGCAGAGAAGGAGCUCCAGCUGCUGGUCAUGAUCCACCAGCUGUCCACUCUGCGGGACCAGCUCCUGACGGCCCACUCUGAGCAGAAGAACAUGGCCGCUAUGCUCUUUGAGAAGCAGCAGCAGCAGAUGGAGCUGGCCCGGCAGCAGCAGGAGCAGAUCGCUAAGCAGCAGCAACAGCUGAUUCAGCAGCAGCAUAAGAUCAACCUCCUUCAGCAGCAGAUCCAGCAGAUCAACAUGCCUUACGUCAUGAUUCCAGCCUUCCCCUCAAGCCACCAACCUCUGCCUGUCACCCCCGACUCCCAGCUGGCUUUGCCCAUUCAGCCCAUUCCCUGCAAGCCAGUGGAGUAUCCGCUGCAGCUGCUGCACAGCCCCGCUGCCCCAGUGGUGAAGAGGCCUGGGGCCUUGUCUGCCCACCACGCCCUACAGGAGCCCUCCCAACCCCUAAACCUCACGGCCAAGCCCAAGGCCCCCGAGCUGCCUAAUGCCUCCAGCUCCCCGAGCCUGAAGAUGAGCAACUGUGGACCCCGUCCUCCCAGCCAUGGGGCCCCCACACGGGACCUGCAGGCCAGCCCCCCCAGCCUGCCUUUGGGCUUCCUUGGUGAAGGGGAUGCUGUCACCAAAGCCAUCCAGGAUGCCAGACAGCUGCUGCACGGUCACAGUGGAGCCUUAGAAAGUCCCCCCAACACCUCCUUUCGUAAGGACCUCAUUAGCCUGGACACAUCCCCAGCCAAGGAGCGGCUGGAGGACAGCUGUGUGCACCCACUGGAAGAAGCCAUGCUGGGCUGUGAUGUGGACGGCUCCCGCCACUUCCCUGAGUCCCGGAACAGCAGCCACAUCAAGAGGCCCAUGAAUGCCUUCAUGGUGUGGGCCAAGGAUGAGAGGAGAAAGAUCCUCCAGGCCUUCCCAGACAUGCACAAUUCCAGCAUCAGCAAGAUCCUUGGCUCCCGCUGGAAGUCCAUGACCAACCAGGAGAAGCAGCCUUACUACGAGGAGCAGGCGAGGCUGAGCCGGCAGCACCUGGAGAAGUACCCUGACUACAAGUACAAGCCACGGCCCAAGCGCACCUGCAUCGUGGAGGGCAAGCGGCUGCGGGUGGGCGAGUACAAGGCUCUGAUGAGGACCCGGCGCCAGGAUGCCCGCCAGAGCUACACGACCCCCCCACAGGCCAGCCAGGUGCAGAGGAGCCCCUCAGAUGUCCUGUACCCUCGGGUGGCAGGCGUGCCCCUGGCACAGCCCCUGGUGGAGCACUAUGUGCCCCGCAGCCUGGACCCAAACAUGCCCGUCAUCGUCAACACCUGCAGCCUCAGGGAGGAGGGCGAGGGCACAGAGGACAGGAACUCGGUGGCUGAUGGCGAGAUGUACCGGUACAGCGAGGAUGAGGACUCAGAGGCCGAGGAGAAGAGCGACGGGGAGCUGGUGGUACUCACAGACUGA